AUGAAUAACGCAAACCCUACUACAGUUUUUGCUGGAGCUGGUGUUGAUUAUCGCUCUGCAUCGGGAGAUGCAAGUUUUGGUUCUGGUUCAUCUUUGUCGUCUCUACAAAAUGAACAUAGCAAUGCAUUGAGCAAUGAUGCUCUGCAUAAUGGUAUUGAUGCUUGUAGCGAAGACGCUCGCAUUGAUCAGGCAUUGAGCGAUGACGCUCUGUCAACUCUUGAUAAUGAUACUAUUAUGAAUGAUAGUGGUGAGCUAUUGGAAUUUGAUUUCGAUAGUGAGAUCCAACCCUUGGGAAUGGAUCAUCAGGCUAGCAUGACCAGGGACAUCAAGAUGUUGAGGAGAAGGCUUUUUGAGGCUACAAGGCUGUCUAUCACUAUGCCUGAGAAUGGCACGCUUGCAUCCAAUGCUGGGGCCAUGAAACGCCAAUUGAUGAUGGCUAAGGAAAACUACGAUUUGUUGUUUGAUGAUACUCCAAUGCUCUCCCCAUCUAUGGCCUAUUCCAAUGCUGGUAAUAGUGUAGUACCUCCAGAUACGCCAUAUAUUCAGUGGAAAGGGCACAAGUUUAACAACAAGUUUCUCUACCCUACCAUGGAUGCAUGCCUUCAACAAUUCCAGGAUGUACUGGAGUCUCGUGGUGUGUCGAUCGAAGCAAACUGGAAGAGAAUUAUUAAGCCGAAAAUGUCCACGGGUAUGUCUGCCUGGACAAGAGAAAUCAUACAAAAGUAUCCCGAAAUUACUUGGGGCCAGUUCAAGAGCAAGCUCAAGGUGAAAUAUAGCCCUUCGGAAGCAGAAGAAAGAAAAGCUGCACUCAAUAAGCUAAAGACGCUUAAAUUGGACAACUGUGACGAUCUAGAAGACUUCAUUGACAGGUUUAACUCCUUGAAGGACUUAGCGGGAGUCAAGGAAAAUACGUCUCUUGUAGACUAUCUGCUUCGUGGUCUGGAUAUCGACUUGUAUGGACCGGUGUCUAUGGGCAUUUCACAAGCCCGUUCCAAGGGAAGCUGCAGUGAAAUCAGGUUUAAAUAG